AUGCCACCAUCAACUCUGCUAUUCGCUGGGCUACUAACAAGCCUUGUUCUUGUGUUACAUGUAAGCGCAUUACCCACCUCACAAGAAUUUGAUGUUGUUGUCCCCCAGAAACUUCACUCUCAGUAUAAGAGAGACACUCAGGACACCUAUCCAGACAUGGUACAGUAUGAAUUUCUGCUGGAAAAUACACCGCUGGUUUUACACCUUGAAAAGACAGAAGGCCUUAUACACAAGGAUUACACUGAGACUAGUUACCAACAAGAUGGGACGCCAACCACAAGUAGUCCAAAGAUCAAGGAUCAUUGCUUAUACCAGGGGAGAGUAAACAAUGACCCAAACUCACUAGUUAGUCUGAGCACCUGCAGUGGAUUAAGUGGGUUCAUCAUGACACAAGGCCGUGCUUACCUGAUCAAUCCCCUCAAGGAGACAGACAGUGAGGAACAUGCUUUGUACGCAUAUGACCCAAAGGAAGACGCUUCCAGAACCUGUGGUGUGACUGCAACCAGCACGACAGAAGAUGAAUUGACCAUGACUUCAUAUUCCAUCAACCCCACUGAGAAACAAGAAAUACUGAAUUCAACCAAAUAUGUUCAGCUGUAUGUGGUGGCGGAUAACUCUAUGUUCAAGAAAUACAACAGCAGUGUAGAAAUCCUCAAAAAAAGAAUAUAUGAAAUGAUUAAUUAUGCUAACAUGGCGUACAAGACACUGAACGUCUUUGUGGCUUUGUGUGGAAUUGAAAUCUGGGAAAAUGGUGAUCAGUUUACUAUUCCUACAUCAGUUAACACCUGUCUAGAUCUUUUCACCGAAUGGAGGAGAGAUAAAGAUGACCCCAACCAAAUUAUUGGCUUCAAAGGAGGUCUUGAGCCCAAAAAGUCUAAAACCCUUUUGGAUUAA